AUGAGCCCCAUAUCCGAUGAAGAAGUCUUCGUAGCCGGCGUCGACGCCGGCAGUACAAACACCGACUGCGCCAUCAUCGAGCGUCACUCUGGACGUAUUGUCGCAGCACUCAAGUCGGCUACGACGGCAGAUCCUCAGGAAGGCAUUCUUGCCGUGCUGCGGGCGACGUGCGCCAAAGCCAGGAUUGAGCCGGCCCGCCUUGCCUCCAUCGUGAUUGGUACCACCCACUUUCUCAACGCGGCCUUGAGUGCCGACUCGAGCCGCCUCCAGCCCGUGGCCCUCCUCCGUCUCGGCGCUCCCUACACGUCGGAAUGCCCGCCCUUCUGCGACUUUCCGCCAGGGCUGCGCAAGGUCCUCGAAGGCUCAGCGAGGAUCUGCAAGGGAGGUUUGCAGAUCAGCGGCAAGCCCAUUGGAGAGAUCGAUGAGGAUGAGAUCCGAGCCGAGUGCCGCAAUAUCAAGGAGAAGGGCCUCAAGGUCGUGGCCAUCUGCGGCAUCUACUCGCCUCUGGACGUUGACGGCUCUAGUCAGGAGGAGCGCGUAGCAGCCAUCGUGCGCAAGGAGCUGCCUGAUGUCGGCAUUGUCUGCUCCCGUGACGUGGGCCAAGUAGGCUUCCUCGAGCGCGAGGCAGCUACUGUCCUGAAUGCCAGCCUACUGCGCUUCGCCCGCAUCACCGUGGCUUCAUUCGUCUCCGCCAUCCGCAAACUCGGCGUGACGGCAAGCACGCCCCUCUUUCUUACUCGCAACGACGGCACGCUCUGCUCUGCGGACGAGGCCGCUCGCCUGCCCGUUCGUAGCUUCAAUGCGGGUUCCGUGGCGAGCGUCUGCGGCGCUGGUAUACUGGCAGGCUUUGAUCGCCAGACUCUGGCCCAGGAGAAGGGUCAGAUCAUUGUUGUCGAUAUUGGUGGCACCUCGACCGACGUGGGCGUCCUGCUUAAGAGUGGCUUCCCUCGCCCUGCGGCCGCUUUUGUUGAGGUCGCUGGACUGAGGAUGAAUUUCUCGAUGCCUGACGUGCAGAGCAUUGCCCUCGGUGGAGGCAGUAUCGUGCGCGUGAAUGAGGAGAGUGGCAACGUCACUGUCGGAGCAGACUCGGUUGGCUAUCGACUCGUGAAGGACGGACUGGCAUUUGGAGGUCAAGUGCCUACGGCGACGGACGUAGCCAUCGCGAGUGGAGCAGCUGCUAGCCUCGGCGAUGCUACUCUCGCACGAGUCUUCUUCGGCAACAAAGUCCUUCGCAAGGCUCAAGACGCUAUCAAGCACAAGCUGCAAGGCAUCAUCUCCAAAAUGAAGACCACGCCAGACCCAGCUACGGUCAUUCUCGUUGGCGGUGGUUCCAUCAUUGUGCCGCAGGAUGCCACCUUCGAAGGAGUCGCCAAGGUCAUCCGACCAGGCGAGAUGGCUGGUUGCGCCAACGCUUUGGGAGCCGCUUGUGCUCGCGUCGCUGGAGUGGUCGAUACAAUCGUGACCGUGGCUCCCGGACAGUGGCCUGUCGUGCUCGAGAAGCUCAAGUGCGAUGCAGUCAGCAAAGCCGUCCAGUCUGGUGCGAAGGCAGAUUCGGUCAUCAUCGCUGAGGUUGACAACUUCCCCAUCCAGUACGUCAACACCGGAGCCACCCGCGUGAUCAUCAAAGCGGUGGGGGAGGUGGAUCUCACCAGGGCACCUACCUCCGAAGCCGACGCAGAAGGCGCCAGCAAAGAUGCUCAGCCCGUCGAGGUCCUACCUCCACCGGUCACACUCACCAGCGCCACGAAGGUGCUCGAUCCCCUCCCUCCCCUCGAUAUCGAUGCCUACGUCCCUCGCAUCGUCGACGAUGAAUGGCAUCUGAGCGAGCUCGACCUCCUCUGGAUUGCCGAUGGGAGCGGUGUCCUUGGUGUAGGCGGAGGAGGAUCCACCUACUAUCCGAUGAUCAUGGCUCGCGAGAUCCUGCGAAAGGGCGGUCGCAUCCGUAUCAAGCGCGUUGCGGAUGUAGAGAGGGACAAGAUCGUCCUACGUGGCGGAUUCAUGGGCUCUCCCUCGGUGUCCAACGAGCGUUUGCAAGCCGGUCAUGAGAUCGAGGCGGCCGUUGCCGCUCUUUGCAAGCAGGCGAACAUCAGCAUGCACCAAGUAGGAGCUGUCAUGUCCGAAGAGAUCGGAGGGGGCAACGGCCUGCAACCCCUCAUCUUCGGCUCGUCUGCCCACCUUGACCUGCCCGUCCUCGAUGCCGACUUGCAAGGCCGUGCUUACCCAAAUCUCUUCCAAGCAACGCCUAUCGCAUACAGCGUGCCAGGCGCUCAUGCUCCAGCCGCAAUCGCAGACGCAGUGGGCAACAUUGUGGCAAUUCCCUCGACGGAGGGCAAGUUCGAUGUCGAGCCUCUGCUGCGAGCUGCCUGCUCCGUGCUGGGUAGCAUGGCCUUCUACUCCAUUGGUCCGCAGCCUGUCAGCGUCAUUGAGAAGUAUGCUGUACACAACACCGUCUCGCAGUGUUGGUGGAUAGGCCGUGCUCUCGCUCAAUGCCGACAGCGCAAUGACGUGGCGUCAAUCCCGCGCGCCAUCUUCAGCUUGCAAUCUGGACGAGUUCUGUUCAUUGGCAAGGUGAUCGACGUUGCCCGCGAGGUGCGCUCUGCCUUCACGUGGGGUCGCCUGCGUCUCGUUGCUCUGUCAGAGGCGGAGCGUGAGGGCGGGGGCGAUGACCUCGAGAGGGACAACUUCGAAGGUGAAGUGGAGCUAGAGUUCCAGAACGAAUGGCUCGUCGCGCGCUCGCUUUCUGGUCCCCACGACUCGCCCAAGGUCCUCGCUAUCGUCCCUGACCUCAUAACCUGCCUCGACACCCAGUCAGGCACCGCUCUCGGCACGCAUGAGGUGCGCUACGGCCACAUCCUCACCGUCAUUGCGCUACCUGGCGACCCAAAGUGGUACACGCCCGAAGGGCUCGACUGCGGUGGGCCUGUGCGAUUCGACAUCGUGGAGAACGAGUGGUUGAAGGCCGAGGGGUUGGGCGAGUACAAGGUGCCGAAAUCUGUCAUAGAGACGUAUGGGCACAGGAAGUGA